CAACUUUGAUAAGUAAAAUGAAGCCCAAACUAAAAACUCUCUCUUCUCUCUCUCUCAUAUGCAAUCGGUCUCCUCUCUCUCCUCGUAUCUCUCCCUCUCUCAAUCUCACAGAUACGCACACACAUCCCCCACCGGUUCCUCCUCCGGCGAAGGCGCCGUCUUCGACCACCUACGCCACAAGCAUCUCCUCCGUCUCACCUCUCGCUCCCUGUCUACCCCCUUCUAUCACUCAGCGCGCACGGCGAGGCUGCAUAUGCAGCGCCGCCUCCGUCGCUACGCCGCCGCCGCAGUCACCAUCUCCACGCCUUCCAUCAGUAAUUUUCGGCCUUGCUACCUCUCGUUUUGCUACCCGAGGUCGUUGUAGUUGCUGCUCUCGUCGCAGUUGCGCUCCUACUGGCGGUGCUACAGGUGCCGCUGCAACUGCCCCUGCUGUCGAAGAAAAGAAGGUGCGCCCCUGUUGUCGAAGAAAAGAAGAAAAAAAGGUUUAAGGUUUAGAAAAGCCAAGAGUUGGAGGAGAGAGAAGUGGGGAUGGCGAGAAACAUAGUGAAGAAAGCAUCGUUAAUCGGUGAAAUGGGCUUCAUCAAAGGCGGCGGCAUGAUCAACUGGUUCCCCGGCCACAUGGCUAGUGCCACUCGGGCCAUCCGCGACCGCCUCAAACUCUCCGAUUUCGUCAUCGAAGUUCGGGACGCCCGUAUACCAUUGUCAUCUAAGAAUGAUGAACUGCAGCCUUUGCUGGCGGGUAAAAAGCGCGUCAUUGUUCUCAAUAAGAAAGAUUUGGCCAACCCCAACAUCAUGCAUAAAUGGAUUGAGUACUUUGAUUCAGUCAAACAAGAUUGUUUAAUGAUAAAUGCUCACUGCAGAAGUUCUGUUCAAAAGCUUCUAGACCUUGUCGAGUACAAAAUGAAGGAGGCUAUCCGUAAGGAGCCAACCCUCCUUGUCCUGGUGGUUGGUGUUCCCAAUGUUGGAAAGUCUGUGCUAAUCAAUUCCAUCCAUCAAAUAGCAUCAUCUCGGUUUCCUGUGCAGGGGAAAAGAAAGCGAGCUACUGUGGGACCCUUGCCCGGAGUCACUCAAGAUAUUGCUGGAUUCAAGAUUGCGCAUCAGCCUAGCAUAUAUGUUCUUGAUACGCCUGGAGUGUUGGUUCCAAGUAUCCCAGAUAUAGAAACGGGGCUAAAGCUAGCUGCAGCAGGUUCUGUGAAGGACUCUGUAGUUGGUGAGGAGCGGAUAGCUCAAUACUUGCUAGCAGUCUUGAACAGCCGAGGCACUCCUCUUCAUUGGAGGCGAUUUAUGGAUGUAGAAACUGACAGGCAUCUCGACAGUGAGGAUAAACCCGACUACCGCCUUCAAAAUCUCUUGCCAAAGAGGAAGACACCUCCUAGUAUUAAAUCUGAUGUUGUCUACAUUGAGGAUAUUGUUACUCGUGUUCAAGGGGCGCUGUGCAGGACGCUGAUGGAGUUCAAGGGAAGCUUGGAAGACGAGGGCGAGUUUGGAGAUCUUAUAGACUUGCAGUUUGAAGCAUUGCAGAAAGCUCUAAAGAUACCCCAUAAAACCUCAGAGGGUCGAACUAUGGCGUCCAAGAAAUUCCUCACACUCUUUAGAAUGGGCAAGCUUGGCCCCUUCAUCCUUGAUGAUGUCCCUCAUCCGGCUGCGUUUGAUUGUUCGUAGAUAGAAUCUUGGAAACGCGAGUGAGGUCAGGUUUUCACCUCCAAGUUUUGCUUGCUUUGACGAUUUACCAUUUUAGCUAGAAAUCACGUGUAUAAGAUGAUAACAUCACUCUGUGUUUAUCACUGUAAGGGCCUGAUUAGAUAAGGCCAAUAUAGGUAAUACAUCCGGGCUAUUCUAGUUGUUUGGUAGCCAUGAUACGCAUUAAUGAAAGCCCAAGGUAUGGGUUGGGCCCACGUCUAAAACAUUGUUCCUCUUCUCAUCUGUAAAUAAAUCACGUCUACCUCCUUCGAUUGCA